UGGAAUCGUUUAAUCGUGAUGUUUGCUGACGGUGUUGUACCGGUUGAAAUGUCGCUGCCCAGAGAAUCUGAAUCCACAAACGGAUUUCAGAUAGUCCAAGCACGAAGCAACAAUGUAUUCGCUCUUCAGCAUUACAAAGCACUUAAAAAAUAUUUAAUGUUGCUCGGGGUUGAUCCGUACGAUAACAGUCUAGGAGGUAAAAUCAGACAGUACUUAGUGAACUUCAGCAUGAUUGUUGGCAUACUUCCACUGGUAAAAGGACUAUCUUCCAAAUUUGCAAUAACAAUCCGUAAUAAGGAUUUCGAUAGAACGGUAGAGGCAUUUAUUCCCGUACUUACAUUUAAAGUGUUAUUGGAUUUUGUUACGGAAGACUGGGAGACAUUAAAAAACGAAAUCCACGUACUGGACAAAAUUACCAAACAAGGGAACAGAAUUGCAAACUUGUAUAGAAGCACUUUAUUGUCAUUUUUAGUAUUGUUUCUAUAUAUUCCGUUAAUUCCUCCAACUUUGGAUAUCAUUAUGCCAUUGAAUGAAACUCGUCGACGACAACUACUGUUCAAUGUUAAUUAUAUAUUCAUAGAAGUUGAUGAUCAUUUUUUCGCCAUUCAUUUACAUUUGUCUUGGACCUCCUGCGUUUCCAUAUUCAUAAUCGUCACCGUAGAUUCCUUAUACAUGCUUAUCAUUCAUCAUGCUAGCGGAUUAUUUGACGUAUGUGGGUAAAUA